AUGUCUGACAUCGAAAUGAAUGGAGAUUUCAAUGAAAUAAAGAGCUAUUCGGGAUCGAUUGUGGGUACGGUGAGUGGCCGCAACGAGCCCCGUAAGGCCAUAAAUGCUAUCAACUGGAGUUUUGGCCUGAAAAUCUAUCAUACCGCGAUCCCCUGCUUCCUAGCCUUUUUGAUCACAUUUUCCUCCUCCGUUACGGUCCCUGCCACCUCUGCGCUCAUGGCCGAGUUCAACAUCAGUCAAACCGCAGCGAUCCUCUCAGGAACCCUAUAUAUGCUGGGGCUAGCCUUCGGCCCAAUGAUCCUGGCGCCGUUGUCAGAGUUUAUCGGUCGUCGCUGGCUGUACCUGGUAACCUCGUCAAGUAUAAUUGCUUUUGCAGGGGGUGCUGGAGCGGCACAAAAUUUCGCCGCACAUUUGAUCUGCCGGUUUUUCUGUGGAUUCCUAGGAUCGGCUGGAAUUGCUAUUGGUGCAGGAACAAUUCUUGAUGUUUGGGGAGUGGGAAAAGCUGGAAACCUGGCAAGGCUUCUCUUCAUUUGCGGUCCUUUUUUAGGGCCUUCGCUGGGCCCAUUGGUAGGGGCAUAUGUUAUGCACAAAUACCACGGCGAUUGGAGAUGGACGCAGUGGGUGAUAGCCCUGAUUGGAGCACCCACCUGUAUCGUUAUCCUAUUCAUGAAAGAGACCUCCGACACUCGAAUCGAACAUGACAGAAAAUAUUCCGGUCACUUUGGCACAGUGAAGCUGGCCUUCUCAACACUCAACGCUGCAGUCUCCCGUUCAAUGAGAAUACUCACCACCGAGGCGAUUGCAUUGUCCAUUACUCUGUACACGGGAUACGCGUAUGCAGUGAUCUUCAGCUACUUUGCAAGUGCCACUUAUGUCUAUGAACUAGACUACCGUUUCACCAACAGAGAGGUUGGUCUUGCUUUUAUCAGCGUGGUCAUUGGAUAUUUCCUAGCCGUUGUUAUGUACAUGGUGAUUGAGAGGACGCUUUACGAUCGUGCUGUGCGGAACGCACCUAAUGGCCACCCAGCCCCAGAACACCGACUGUAUGCUGGUAUGGCUGGAAGUAUUUUCGUGCCCAUUGGGCUAUUUUGGUACGCAUGGGCCGCCCACCCAGGAGGCCAUUGGGCAGCAGCUGUAGCUAGCGGAAUUCCAUUUGGUCUUGGUGCUUUUGUCCUUUUUUUGUCCUCAAUUACCUACCUUGUUGAGUCAUACGGAACAGCUGCUGCUGCAUCUGCUCUCGCUGCCAAUGGAUCCUUUCGAUACCUUCUCGGAGCAGUGUUCCCGUUGUUCACCAUUCAGAUGUAUGAGAAACUGGGCGUGCACUGGGCUGGAAGCGUGUUUGCCUUUCUGUCUCUGGCACUUCUACCUAUCCCUUGGCUUCUCUUCAAAUUUGGUCAUCGGCUGCGCGAGAAAAGCCGGUUCAUAGCCUCCGUCGCCGGAUGA